AUGGGAAGAAAAAAACCAAAUAAGCAUAAUAUUGUCCAGCCAAAAAAAACAGGCGGCGGUAGUGGAAGUGGAGCUAGCGGUUUAGCUCGUCGGCAAGCAGGUGAUAAGUCUAGUGCCAAUAAUGUGGUUAGCACCGAAAGUGAUGCCCAAGAAUUAACCCUAGCAAUUAAUGAACAAGAAUUUAAACAAAAAAAGCAAGCCUUAGUUAAUAAACUCCAAGACUGUAUCAAUAAGUGUCAAAUAUCAAGUGCUUGGUCAAUAGGGAAUGAUGAACUUAAUAAAUUACGAACAAUUGAUCCUAUCCAUCAAAGGGACAUCAUCGAGAUAGAAGCAGAAAUUAGAAAAGCAGAAGCUGAACGUAAUGAUGCUAUGACUAAAGCUGCUAACGAAACUGAUCCGGCCAAAAAAGCUCAAUUUAUUGCCACUGCUCAAGCAGCUGAACGAACAAUUAAACAAGCUAAAGCCAGACUUGCCAAAAAUCCUCUAUCUAAAUUAGCCCAAUAUAGUUAUAUAAAUGACAUGGGAAGACUUUUUGGCGGUAAUCUUCCAUCUAAACCCCCAACUGUGCCUAAAAAUAAUCCUGAUUCAAAUCCAACUGAUCCAGGGGGAAAUCCUAGCGGAGGAAAUAAUCCGGAUGGAAGUGGCAGACAAAACCCUUGA